AUUAAUGAAACGAAAUGAAUGUAAGUGAAAUGUAUACAUAAUGAAAUUGUUAAUAAUAAUGAUUAAUGUGUUUGGUAUAUGUGCAAACGGAACUUUUUGGAUAGUACUACAGAAAGAAAUGGACGACGUAAAUAUCAAUGAAAUAAGUAUCCAUUUAGAUGAGAUAAAGUUGGACGCAGAUACGGAUGAAUGGAUCAAAUUAAGUUGGACCAAUCGACAAAAUGAUACAAAUGAGGAAGCGCCUGAAAUACCAGAUACACAAAAGGAGGUGAAUCUAUCGAUGAUAAUAUUGAUAAUGCCAUCCGUGUUUGGAUAAUGAGACCUUGGAAACACAAACGAAAGAUAAUAACAAUGAAAUAUCUACAAAUGUGGAAUCAGAAGAUAUAUCCGAUGGUAUAUCCGUCAUAUCAGAGAGUGAUGUAGAAGAUGUUGGUAUAAAUCCCUCCCAAACCUGUCAACUUAAUGAUAAAACAACAUUUAAGAAACGUAGGAGAUACAUUAUAGAAGAGACAAUGAAAACGACUAUUGCCUGUUUGUUUGGCGUUAUGGCUGGUUUCCUUUUGCAUAUGAUGUCGAUGUACUAUAUAAUCCCACCAAAUCAAUUCUUAAGUAAAAUUUCUAAUGAAACUCUUAUAACUACAAGUCAUAAUAUUGUUAAUACUUAUAAAGAGUUAGCAGAAGUGAAAGCUAUAUUAAGUGAAAUUGAAGUGUAUACUAAAGCAACCAAUUACGAAAUUUCUGUAAAGGACAGAUUAACGCAAGUCUUUAAAAGUAUUAAUUCUAGUAAAAUGGAUAACGAAUCUAUCAUAGAAUCUUUAGAUUCUAAUUUGCACCCAUUGAAUCAACUCCAAUUAUUUCUAUAUCUGUUAUCACCAUCACUUAUUAAAAUUGAUGAUAUAAAUAAUUUGCCAAAAUAUAAAAUGAAUAAGACGUUGGACAUUGUGAAUAAUGUAAAAGAAUUUUAUGAAACCUUAAUAUUAUUUAAGAAUGGUACACAAAAUGUGAAUAAUUUCACUACUAUAAAGUUUCUGCAAAAUACUGCUGAUAAAAUACAUAACACAUCUCAGUUACUGCUUUUUGACUUGUUAGAAAAAAUAAAUAAAAUAACAUUAAAUAUUUAUAAUAAAUAUGCUAAAUUGGUACAUAAGUUGCGUGAAAAAUUAUGCUAUUUAAAAAAUACGCUACCUGAUAAUAAUGGAUUCUUAAAACAAUUAACUGAGAAUAAUCAACUUUUCGAAAAUUAUGAUAAAUCCUGUUUCUCAAAUUAUUCAUCACAAAACUUGAGUGAUAAAACUGUUAAAAGAAAUACAAAGAAGAACAAUAUGAAGAAUCGAAUCCUGAGGAAUCCUGAAAAACUUGACGACCCAGUAUUAUAUGCAAAGCAUGAUGAGACAAAUAUUUCUAAAGUUUAUAACAAUAAUAGCUUCUUGAAAAGUGAAAGCAAUAAAGCACAAGAUAUAAAAAGUUCUACUGCAAAGAAUGCGAAAAUUGCCAACGAUAAAAUAGAUUAUACUUCUGAAUUAUCCUUAUCCGAGAAAAUAUUGCCAGAAAGUAUGAGCGAGAUAAUACAAAAUAUGAAUGAUAAAUAUAAUAAAGAAAGUGAUACAUCAACUAAAGAAUGGUGUCAUUUAGAAAAUAUAUUUGACGAAGAAUUAUUGAAACUGAGUAAGAAUAAUAAGGAAAACAAUAAAAAUUUAAUUAAUUGGUGUGAGAGAAUAAGUGAUAUUUUAAAAUCAAUUGGAGUACAAGAAAAGGAUAUAUUAAAGAAUAGUUUUAAUAAGCUUUUAAUACAAGAUCCAUGUAUACCUUCACACGCAAAUAAUUAUUGUUCAGAAAAUAAUAUAGAUAUGUCUAUAUCUGACAUUGUACUAAAGGAUAAAACAAAAGAUUUCGUCGUUACCUCUGAUAAGAAACAUAUAAAUAUUGCAACAACUGUGACGGAUGAUGAAAGUUUUGCACCAAUUCUGCUUAUAACGGAAAAAGAUGGACUAAAGAAAAAAGACUCUGUAAAAUCAAAUGCUCCUACCAACACAAUCUUCGAUAAUAAUAAUGCAAACGUCGAAAUAAAUAAUACCAUUCAGAAAAAUACAAAACGUCACGUGUCGCAGGAAGAGGUCAUUAGUUAUCGUAAACCCAAGUCUUCGUUUAAUACACGCGAUACACAACAAAAUAACCAACAUUAUAUAGGCAAAAAUUCAAGAAAGAAAAGAUUUUUUGAAAAGAUAUUGCUGCAGGACCAUGCAGACUGGUACUUUCUACGAAGUAAUUCUCGUAAAACUGCACGCAAGAAUAUGAAUACGAAUUACAAACUUGAUUGGUACUUUCAACGGGCUCAUUCCCGUAAAAACGCACGCAAAUAUAUUAAGUACCAGCAGAACACCAAAUUUAGAAGAAAACAUCCAUGAUCGAUACAUUACAGCGCGGCUGAUUGCAUAGUAAAUAUUACAAAAGUGGAUCAGUUACCAAACAAUAUAUCAUCAUUUGUUACAUAGAUUUUAUCAAGUGUGAAGAAAAAA